CUCCGCCCCGCCCCCAGGCCGGACAUCCGGUCCGCCGGCAGCUCGAGCGGUGGAAUGGCGCUGCGUGUCCGCGCGGCCGGCGGGAGCCGGUUACUGUGGCCUCGCGUGUUGCUCUUCGGCGAUUCUAUCACUCAGUUUUCUUUCCAGCAGGGCGGCUGGGGCGCUGCGCUGGCGGACAGGCUGGUCAGAAAAUGCGACGUGGUGAAUCGUGGAUUUUCAGGUUACAACACCCGUUGGGCCAAAAUCAUCCUCCCAAGACUGGUGGGGAAUGAGGACAGCCCUGAGGUGGUGACAAUUUUCUUCGGUGCCAAUGACAGCUCCCUGAGAGAUGAGAACCCCCAGCAGCACGUGCCCCUGGAGGAGUUCGAGGCCAACCUGAGCAGCAUGGUGCGCUACUUGCGCUCUGUGGGCGUCGCAGAAAGCCGCGUGGUCCUCGUCACCCCGCCCCCAUUGUGUGAGGCCGCCUGGGAGCAGCAGUGCCUGGCGCAGGGUCACAGGCUGAACCGCCGAAACUCGGUGGCUGGUGAAUAUGCCAGGGCGUGUGCACAGGUGGCCCGCGACUACGGGACUGAGGUCCUCGACCUGUGGACUUCGAUGCAGGAGGACAACCAGGACUUCUCCACCUACCUGUCAGACGGUCUCCACCUGUCACCAAAGGGAAGCGACUUCAUGUUCUCACACCUGUGGCCCCUGGUGGAGAAGAAGGUGUCGGCCCUGCCCCUGCUGCUCCCCGACUGGAAGGACGUGGCCGUUGCAGACCCCGAGUGGAGCCUGCUGGGACAGGGAGAGGGAGGCCGCGUGCCCACUGCUCCAUCCGCGGGCUGCCCGCCUGCUGGGGCGCAAGCUGAGGAGAUGGACAGGGCGCUCUCCUCGCGCUGAGCCUUCACCUCCGGUCCUGCAUCAAAACCACUUGACGGGCUGGGCUGUGGUCAGUGGCGCAGCCCUGCCUGGCAGUGUGAGGUCCUGAGUUCGGUUCCCGGUACCCCAAAAGAAACCCACACUUGACAUUCCCAUCCCUAUUAAUAAAGGCUCUGGGCUUGCUCAGAGCAGCCUGGUA